AUGGCAACAAGCCAAACAUCGGUGCUCGCCAAUAGGACGCCCGACAAAAAGUUUGGCGUAAACAAACCAAAUUUGUUCCUUGACUUAUUACUUACAUUCAAGCAGAAGAUGACAGAGCUGUGUGUGCAGUUGUUUGAAACAGGCUUGAUUGAGCACAGGCGAAGACAAGCAGAGGUGAAUUCAUUCUUCACUGGUCAUAGUGAGACCACAGCAGAGAUAAUGCACAAAGAAACUGAGUUAUUCUGGGAAUUUGACAAGUACCUCAAAGAGUUGAAAAAAGAAUCAGCAACAGCAUUACAGACUGAUCACAAGGCUGAGCUAAAUAAACUCCAAAAACACUUACUUACACUUGAGUUCAAACUAAUAAGUCAGAUAGAGAUGAUGAUUAAAGAACUGGAUAUGGUCCUUACAGACAUGGUUGGCACUCUCAUCUCUACAUUUGCACAAUGUCGAGAACUUGAGGAUAAAUACCAUGAGAAAGUGCAGGAGAUUGUCACUGUUACUAUUGAGAAUGUGUCAAGGAACCAUGGUGUGGAAGAUUUGGCUGAUGAUGCAAAGAUGGUGUUUUUAGACAAAGAAACAGUGAUGAGCGCACUGACUACAGCUCAUGAAAACCACCUCCUCACCAUAGGAGACAGAGAAAAUCAGCUGAUCACUCAUGCCAAUUCCUGGAAGAGCAGAUUCAUCAAAAAACUCCAGGAAAAAGAACUCCAGCGAAAUAGAAUGGCCCUUUCCCUUAUUAUCACCUCUUUGGACAAUUAUGAGGAAGAGUUGCACAAAUUAUUCAAUAGAUGAAUAUAUUAUUUAAUUUCUAUAACACAUGGCCAAACGAAUAAAGCAGACCUUGAGAA